AUGGGUUUCCUAAUCGGUGGAACUGGCAAAGCCUCAUCAUUGUUGCUCAAUUACAGGAAACGAUGGCUCGAGCAGGCUAAAUAACCACGUACGGAGGAAUGGGACGAAGAUGUAGAUCGACGAAUUCACUAUGCUAUUGAUUACGGAAUGAAACGAUCAUUCCUGCACCCGAACAGUUUUGUUAUUAUCGUUACGGGUUGGAAAGCCGGUUCCGGUUCGACCAACACAUUGCGUGUUAUUCGAUUGGAGGAUGCUCAUUCGAAACCAAUUGUUGCCGCAUCGAGCACGCAUCGUUUUGAUAUCUAA